GCCCCGUGAGGCAUGAAGGCCCAGCCUCCGACGGGCAAUGUGGUGCUGCGACAUUUGACUUCGCGGUUCGAGGAAGUGUGGGCGUUCGAAUUUUUGACUCGGCGCAGAGCGAUCGCCGGUCUUGAGAAGAAGAAGACUAGGACUUCCGGGAUUCUCAGGAUUUUUCGGAGAGCAGAGCAAAGGAGUGGAGAGGAGAGGAGACUGAUUGAUUGAUUGACUAAUUGACUGAUUCUUUCGAAGAGAACCAGGAUCAGUGGAAGCUUCCGGCGAUUCUGUCUUGCUGAGUGCAGUUUUAGAACGCCAGACUUUGCCUGCAUGGUCUCAUCCUGAGACUCGCACCGGAGACCGAGAGAGGCUUUAAGUGUUCUGGUUGUGUGAAAGAACGAUUCAAGCGGCGAUUGGAUAAUACAAUUUGCAGUGGGUGUAGGGUCACUCGAAGUCCGAGGGAGGAGAGAGGAGGAAAGAGUGAUUUGUUUCCACGAGUUGGAAGAAGGAAGGAGAGGGAAUAGAAACAUAGCGAUGGGAUGCGUCGAUAAGGUUCUUGCACUUGGUGCACAUCCCUUCAACAGGGUUGACUUGCUCUUGAGAAACUCCGGAGGCAGUGCGGUGAUUGAUGGAGGUUUCGCAGUACAGUUGGAGCACCAUGGUGCAGAAGUGAAGAAUCCUCUGUGGACGGCAUUAUGCUUAAUCACGAGUCCGGACCUUGUCAGUCGGGUACAUUGGGAUUAUCUGGAAGCUGGUGCGCAAAUUGUUCUCACCUCUUCAUAUCAGGCAACGUUGCUUGGAUUCGAGUCAAGAGGAUACACCAGAGAACAAGGAAAGGAAUUUUUGAGGCGAAGUGUCACAUUGGCAUGCGAGGCGCGUGACAAGUUUUGGAACGAGUAUCAACAACGCGUGCAGAAACACGAAGCAGCUCCUGGACAAUAUUGCCGCGCACUAGUAGGGGCUUCAAUCGGGAGUUACGGGGCAUAUUUAGCAGAUGGAUCCGAGUAUAGUGGAGAUUAUGGUCCUGAGAUGACUUUAGAGAAGCUGAAAGAUUUUCAUCGCGAACGACUUUUGAUCCUUGCCGGAGCUGGACCGGAUAUUCUAGCACUUGAAACUAUUCCGUCUUUUCUGGAGGCAAAGGCUCUCAUCGAAGUUCUGGAAGAGGAAGAUAUAAAUGUUCCAGCCUGGAUGUCUUACAUUUCAAAAGAUGGGAGGAAUGUGGUGAGAGGAGAUAGUAUUCAAAGCUGUGCUGAGCUGGUAGAACGAAGUGAAAAAAUUGUGGCCUUUGGCAUCAAUUGUACUCCUCCUUCUUUAUGCGAGGAACUUAUCUCAGAAGCUCGCAAGAUUACAUCGAAGCCCAUCGUGGUCUAUCCAAAUCGCGGUGAAGAUUGGAAUGCAGAGAAAAAGGAGUGGAUUCCAUCUACGGGUGCUACUGACGAGGACUUUAUCAACUAUAUUCCCCGGUGGAAGAAAGCAGGCGCAAAUUUAUUCGGGGGAUGUUGCCAAACUACUCCAGCUACCGUGAGGGCUAUUGCCAAAGUUUUGCACCCACAUCCCGUGUCAAGUAAUUAGUAGGAGAACUUGCAGUGGCAAAGUAGAAGUUAUUAGAAUCAGUUAUAGUUUAAUAAACAGAUGAUAGAGUACAAUCUUGGUAGAUGAGAGAUUUCACAUGCAAGGAAAGGUUUGUGAUUUCUAACCAAUGUCUGUUCACAGUUUUGUUCUAAGGAGUAGAAGUUUUAUCCAUUCACCAGUUCAAUACGAUGUCUCACAUGACAAUUUGCAUCUCAAUAGAUUGCAAAGUAGUGUGGCAAUUGCACUCCCAAAAUCCCCUCACCAGCCAGCCAUUGGGAGUAUGCGAGUGAGUUGAAAGAUUGGAAUCCCCUCGUCUUUGAAGAAUGUUGGAUAUUGCAUGAAUGCAAUCUUUGUGUUAUGUCACUUGUAAAACACUUCCAUAUAAUUUUUCCAUAUGAGCCUGCUUGCAAAAUGGCUCAUAACUUGCAGCUAAUCUAUUCCCUGUCCC